AUGCAUCGUAGUGACAAUUUUCCAGUCGGUGAAAUUGUCACUUCACGCCGAAAUCACCAUUAUAUCAUUGGGUUAUUGUUACAUGUUUUGUAUUUCACUUACCUUUUGUUUGGUCACUUGAGAUUAAAUCAUGUCAUUCUUUUCACAGACUAUUGUCCAAAAUACACUUCACCUGAAGCAUGCCAACAGGCAACAACAUCGGAUAUAACUUGUUUUUGGUGUGAUAAUGCGAAGCUAUGCAUUGAUAGUACUGACAAGGAUGCUCAUAACAUGAAAGUUACUAAGUGCCGUGUCAAGCAUAACCCAGAAGUGAACGAGUUGAGUACACAAACACCCACCAAACACAUUGAAGAAACUGAUCAACACUCG